AUGGAUGUUGCUGAGAAACUAUCGAACUCUCCCAUCGAUGCAAUGACCAGCGGCCCUUCUAGACAGUUUGAGACAGCAGCUGUUGCCAAUGACUUUCCUCCGUCAGAUGCGAGGUUCGAUCGCUCGAAAUUGUCCGAUAGCGAAUACAUCAGCCAGCUCUUGUUUGAAAACAAGGAAUUGCAGAGCUUGGUCCAGUCGCAAAAGAAGAUUAUCGACAAACUACAGCACCAGUUUGACACUUUGGCAGCUUCGCCUAGACGGAAAAAUCUCAUGCCUCUGCAACGUGUACCAAAGCCAAGCGAUGGUAACGCUCCACAUGUUCCACUUCAACCUUCAAAGAGCCCACCCUCGCCUCCGUUGCACGCCACGGGUUCCCCCGCUGGAGACAUCAUCACCCGCAUAUCCACCCCGAAAACCUCGUAUUCGCCAACGAGAGAAGAGGAAAUCCCAUCUCCCACACAACAAUUGCAACGUUUGGAACUAGAACAGAAGCAAUCGCGCAACACAUUGCUGCUGCUGCUGCUAGCACAAUCGGCCAUCUUGCAAGAAACCACAGAGGCUUUACCUGUUCAUGAAAUACCAGUGAGAUCGUCUCGAAGACAUCAGGACGCGUCAGAUCCAUCGAAUGAUGGGCGAUCCUCGUGGAUUUCAUCUGCAAGCGCAACUACAACUUCAAAUGUGCCUGCAAGUGCAACAGCAACUGCACCAGCUCAACUUGUCACUUCAAAAUCAAAUUCAAGCAAUCUUUCGUCCCAUAACAACAAUCCAUUUUCUCCAUCAAUAGCCAGGGAAAAAGCAGAUAAAACCGAUUCUGAACAAACUGAAAAAAUCCCAAAACAAGCGGAAACCCUGUUUGACUCUUUGAGCAGCAGCAGCAACACCAACACCAACACCAACACCACCUCCACCAGAGACAUCAACAUAAUUCUGGAUCUUCUCAAACCUCCAGCAAUUGAAAACACUUUAACUACAGUGGAGUCAAUCGACUCAGCCAAAGAGGAGAGCAUAGAUCACCAUUUCAACCGGACUUUGGAAUCGUUGAAAUUGCGCUCCGACAUUUCGAUAUCGGCGAACUUGAACGGCUAUCUCACUAGUAAAAGCACCAGCAACCUUGGUGCAACUUACAAAUCAUCCAGAAUCAAGCCUCCCUCUUUGCAACAGAAACUAUCCCACGGUAACGGCAGUAUGACGGAUUUGGCACCUCCCACAUCUUUGAAAUUGGCAUUGGGGGAACGCAACGGAUCCAAGUCGGCAGUGACUACUCCGCAGACUCAACUGGCUUCAAACUUUGGCACAGCCACUCCAAAUAAGGACUUGCCGAUGACUCCUGAUGACUUGAAUGAUCCAAAAUUCGAUCAAUUUGAAUCGCCAAGAUCCAAAUUUGAAGAAGAAUCAUUUUACCAACUGGGUCCUCCUCCAUUUCUACCUCAAUCUCAAUCUCAAUCUCUACCCCUGACACAAGCGACGCAAGGGACGCAGGCAAACGAGGAUGUUAAUGGUGGUGAUCUACAACGUACUAUUAGCAGCACUUCGUCUAGAAGAUUGGCCCCCGCUUACGAAGCCCAAAGACAGCACCUGAACUCAUCGAGGCUGCACCAAACACCAGUGAGACAUGUUUCAGUUACAAGUCCACUGGCAUCGGGAACCAGCUUUAGUGUUUUGAGCACUCCCAAGAUGGACAUGGACGAGUCGUCUUUGUUCAUCAAGCCAGACGAAUUCCACACGAUUUUCAUCAAGGUUGUCAGUACGAUCCACAUCAAUACCGUAACACACCAAGCCGCGUCUGUGAGAAAAAUCGAUGAUCCUAACCUCACCAUCACAAUCAAUGACCGAGAAACCAAUAAAGAAAUGUGGAAGAUUAGAAAGACGCAUUCUCAGCUAUGCGAGUUUGACGGAGAAAUCAGAGCACUCGUGGAGUAUUUCGGCUUGGCUAACCUCCCUGAUAGAACGAGCUUUUUCUCAACGGUGCCGAGCAAAAUCGAAAAUAGACGAUCGAUUCUUCAGAAUUACUUCAACUCGAUAUUUUUGAUGCCGCAUAUUCCGCAAAUUGUCUUGUACAAAAUAUGCCAAUUUCUUUCUUUAGAUUUCGUUAACCCACUCGAUGAUUUCAAAAGUGGAUCACGCAAGGAAGGAUACUUGGUUAGAAGAUACAAAGGGUUGGGCAACAGUUGGAAAGUGAGAUGGUGCCAAAUUGAAAACCACAAUUUAGAAAUUUACCCUUACCCAGGUGGGCCCAUGCAAGAAGCCAUUCCGUUAGUCAAUGCACAAAUUGGACGCCAAGCAUCUGACUCUGUUGCCGACGACAAGGGAUACCGACAUGCCUUUUUGAUCAUGGAAUCGCAAAAGUCCUCCAAACUACACACGACUUCGAGCAAGCAUUUCUUUUGCGCAGAGACCGAUGAAGAGCGUGACGAUUGGGUCACUGCUCUCAUUGAGUUUACUGAACCUUCUCCACGUUCCAGUGAAACAUCUCCAGUGAACUACAACACGUCAAGAGAUGGAAGCACAUCUUUGGAAGACAAGAAAUUUCUGUAUGACAGUUAUAGCAAUGGCAACGACGCACUGACGGUGUUUUCGAGUGCCUAUGGCGGCAGCAGCAACGGCAAUAAUUUAGACCAGGUUUCGUCUCAAACUGUUAUUCUGGUUGAUGAUCUGACAAAGAAAGUGCGCAAGAGAAGCAUUUUUCCCUUUAAAAACAGAUCGUUUUCCGUUGCCGAUGAUCCGUAUCCACCUUCAACACCCGGAGCAGCAGCAGCAGCAGCAGCAGGAGUUCCACCACCAUCAGCGGCAGCACUAGCAUCACUAGCAGCAGUACCACCCCUGCAUAUACAGAAUGGACCUCUGUCCGGAGGAUUGCAGAGCCAAGACACUACCAACUCAAUGCAACAGUAUUUGGACAACAUGAAUCUUGGAGACGAGGUCACAAAGUCAAUCUUUCGCAGGGAAGUCGAAGUUGCUUAUGAACUCUCGAACCACGACUUUAUGGGCCGCCAAAUCCCCAGUAUCUGUUUCCGGUGUCUUGAUUACUUGAACAAAACCGGCGCUGUGUUUGAAGAGGGGAUCUUCAGAUUGAGUGGCUCAGCAUCGACGAUCCGUCAACUUAAAGAGGCAUUCAAUAGUCAGUACGACAUUGAUUUGUUCAAAUCGCCUUUAAAGCCAGAUAUCCACACCGUGGCAGGAUUGUUCAAGAUGUAUUUACGAGAAUUGCCCAGUCCGAUUUUGGGCUCUGAGGCCUACAAUAAUCUAAACUCCAUAAUCCUUAAACACUCGACUAGUGUGCCCCCGUCUCAGAUUGCACUUAUGUUUAAAGAAUAUAUCAAUAACCCCAACAAAAUGGACCGGAUUCAUUACGAUUUAUGUUAUGUGAUAUUCAAGUUUUUGAGACUCAUUAUAUCUCAAAAUCAAAUCAAUAGAAUGAAUUUGAGAAACUUGUGCAUUGUCUUUGUUCCUACGCUCAACUUGAGUUCCGAGGUAUUGAGCACAAUAUUGAUUGAUUUUGAAUGCAUUUUUGAAAAUGGCAAGCCCAUAUCAGAUGCAAAUAGGGAAGUUUUGGAUUUGAACAUUCCAAAAUUUUAA